AUGGCACAAGAUAAACAGGAUUCACGAAAGAAGUACAGAAGAGAUGAGGAAAAGGAAACCAGUCUUGUGGAGCCAGAUGAUAGUUACGUUCCCUAUGUACCAGUUAAAGAACGCAAAAAACAUCAGCUAGCUAAGCUUGGUAAACUUGGACAGCUUAAAGAUGAAGCUGCUGCUGGUAUCAUGGGAAAAAGUAGCAGUGAAAAUGAAAGGGAUGAUGGUGAUGAUGAUGAUGGACAAGUGUGGGGAAGAAAGUCAAACAUUUCCCUUUUAGAUCAGCAUACCGAAUUAAAAAAAUUAGCAGAAGCUAAGAAGGAAAGUGCUAUGGAGAAGCAAUUGAAAGAAGAAGAAAAGAUUCUAGAGAGUGUAGCAGAAAAUAAAGCUUUAAUGGGUGUAGCAGAAUUAGCAAAGGGUAUUCAGUAUGAGGAUCCAAUAAAGACCAGUUGGAGGCCUCCAAGAGCAGUGCUUGCUUUUGGUGAAGCCAGGCAUGAAAGAAUUAGAAGAAAGAUGAGAAUUUUAGUUGAAGGAGAUGAUGUUCCACCACCAUUGAAAAGUUUUAAAGAAAUGAAAUUUCACAGAGGUAUAUUAAAUGGUUUGGAACAAAAGGGUAUUGUUAAACCAACGCCAAUUCAAGUUCAAGGGAUACCUACAGUAUUAUCUGGUCGUGAUAUGAUAGGCAUUGCUUUUACUGGCAGUGGUAAAACAUUGGUAUUUGUUUUACCUGUAAUUAUGUUCUGCCUAGAGCAAGAAGUAGCUAUGCCAUUUGUAAGAAAUGAAGGACCGUAUGGUUUAAUAAUUUGUCCGUCACGAGAAUUAGCGAAACAAACGUACGAUAUCAUUCGACAUUAUACGAGCACUUUACGGCAAGCAGGAUGUCCCGAAAUACGUAGUUGUUUAGCAAUUGGAGGCGUGCCUGUAUCGGAAUCUUUAGAAGUUAUUAACAAGGGAGUACAUAUCAUGGUAGCAACACCUGGAAGAUUAAUGGAUAUGUUGGAUAAAAAGAUGGUUAAACUUAGCGUGUGUCGUUAUCUUUGUAUGGACGAAGCGGAUCGUAUGAUUGACAUGGGUUUCGAAGAAGACGUGAGAACAAUUUUUUCGUUCUUCAGGGGUCAAAGGCAAACGUUGCUAUUUUCUGCGACUAUGCCAAAGAAAAUUCAGAAUUUUGCUCGUUCCGCUCUAGUAAAACCUGUGACGAUUAAUGUCGGUCGCGCAGGUGCAGCAUCCAUGAACGUGGUACAAGAAGUUGAAUAUGUCAAGCAAGAGGCUAAAAUCGUCUAUCUUUUGGAGUGUUUGCAGAAAACUCCACCGCCUGUACUUAUAUUUGCCGAGAAGAAACAAGAUGUGGAUGCUAUUCAUGAAUAUCUAUUAUUAAAGGGUGUUGAAGCUGUAGCGAUACACGGUGGAAAAGAUCAGGAAGAAAGAUCCCGAUCUGUGGAAGCUUUUCGCGAAGGUAGAAAGGAUGUAUUAGUUGCAACAGAUGUUGCUUCCAAAGGUCUCGACUUCGCAGACGUGCAACACGUUAUAAAUUACGACAUGCCAGAUGAUGUUGAAAAUUAUGUACAUAGAAUUGGAAGAACUGGUCGUUCUGGACGAACUGGAAUAGCGACGACGUUUAUUAACAAAGCAAACGACGAAUCCGUAUUGUUGGAUCUUAAACAUUUGUUAAUGGAGGCGAAACAAAAGGUUCCACCGUUCUUGUUGGAGCUUUGCUCCGAAAACGAGAAAUAUCUCAAUUUGGGAGACGAGCGUGGAUGCAGUUAUUGCGGUGGUCUUGGUCACAGAAUCACAGAGUGUCCUAAACUGGAAGCUAUCCAAAACAAACAGGCAUCCAAUAUCGGACGCCGUGAUUACUUGGCUAGCAAUGCUGCUGACUAUUAAAAGUGUCACUUCGAGCGGGAAUACUUGUACAUAUAUUUGUGAAAAUAAUGUUCCUUUUUAUUUGUUCUUCUUACAAAAUAUUAAUUUUGUAAAU